ACACGGCAGCAGCCCAGCAGCAACACUCUCACUUCAUAUCACACGUUUUCAUUCACCUGCACACGGAUUAAAACCAGAACAAGGCGCGUGAAGUGAACCCUGUGGUCCUGGACUCCUCUCACACCGGAAACCACCUGCGAACUCUUUAAAAAAAAAAAAACCUUUAAUGGACUUUACCUGCCGGAUUUCAUUCAAUCUGAAUUGGAAAUUACGGACCAGUUUUGUCGCUGAGGUCUCGGCCAUGGAGGAUAAUGUGGAUUAUCACCGUUUGGAAUCUACCUUUGUGUUUUUAAACGGGUCGUGAAGCACGUGAAGGGCUGACAGCACGCGCCGGUGUUUCCAUUGAACAGGUGAUCAGCCCAAGUUUCUGUCUUCAGUAGAGAUUUUUAUUUUUUAUUUAUUUUUUGCCUUUUUUUUUUAACAACAAAAACGUGUUUUUAAACUUUCAAAAGCGACUUUUCCUGAUGUUCUGACUUCCCGGGCUAUACGUCAACCAAUAUUUUUUAUUCAAAUAUUUUUCGUGCUUAUAUUUGGGCUUUCUUUGGGCAUUCAUUCUGAGUAAGAAAAAAAAAAUAAUAAUUAUUGUUUAAUGGUUAUUUAACCGUUGUUGCCAGGGGAAACACGCGCUUGGCGGGGGUUUUUUUUUUCGCGGGCAUCGAAGCUAGUUUUUCGUAGCUAACUUUUCCCCUAAAAAAAUCUCCGAAAACGUAAAAACAACAUGAAGAGGAAACCCUGAACCCACUGAGUUAACGGGGAUAAAUUAUUCAUCUGUGGUGAAAGUGGACUACCUGCUGGUCUGGAGGAUGGCCUGUUGGAAGGGGGGCACCACUCUCCUGCUGGGCCUGCUGGCGCUGCUCCACCUGCAGCUGGUGGCCGGGCGCUCACCUCACCACCGCAGCUUGAGACGCCAAACUCGAGGGCACCACGAACGCCGGGCGCACCAGAACAUCACGCUGGCCGUCAUUUUACCGAAGAGCAACACGGAUUACCCGUGGGCUUGGCCUCGCAUCGGCCCCGCCCUGGAGCGAGCCAUCAAAACCGUCAACGCCGACCCCACGCUGCUCCCCGACCACCACCUCGUCUACGCCUUCGAGAACAGCGAAAACGAGAACCGCAUCUGCUCCGAGUCCAUCGCCCCGCUCAUGGCCGUGGACCUGAAACUUGCUCACGACCCGUGGGCGUUCAUCGGGCCCGGCUGCUCCUACACCUCCUCCCCCGUUGGCCUCUUCACCACCCACUGGGACGUUCCCAUGGUGACGGCGGGAGCGCCGGCCGUCGCCUUUUACGGCGGAGUCUACCCGUCCAUCACCAACACAGGCCCCACCCACAAGAAGCUCGGGAAGUUUGCCAUGCAGAUCUGCGAGCACUUUGGGUGGCGGGAGCACGUGAUGCUGAUGUUCAGCGACAACAAGAUGGACGACCGGCCGUGUUACUUCGCCGUGGAGGGAUUGUGGGAUGAGCUGAAGCCCAGCAACAUCUCCUACGUUGACAGAGUCUUUGAAGAGAACAAGCAGCUGGUCAACUACUCCCAGAUCAUCGCAGAUGUUCAGAACGACAGCAGAGUGACGUUCGUCUGCUGCUCGCCGGACGUCUUCAGGAAGUUGAUGGUUGAGUUCCGGCGGGCAGAUCUUCCUCAUGAGCAGUACGUCUUCUUCUACAUCGACGUGUUCGGGGACAGUCUGAACUCCAGGAACGGGCAGCCGUGGGCGCGCGGCGACCAGGACGACGCCGUCGCCAAGGAGGCCUUCCAGAACGUGAAGAUCUUGACGUACCGAGAGCCUCAGAACCCAGAAUACAGAGAGUUCGUCAGCAACCUGAAGACAGACGCCAAGAAAUCCUUCAACUACACCAUCCAGGACUCCCUGAUGAACAUCAUAGCGGGAGGAUUCUACGACGGUCUGAUGCUCUACACUCAGGCUCUGAACGAGACCAUGACUCCGUCCGGCGCCCGGCCGCGAGGAGGAGUCGUCACCAAGAGGAUGUGGAACCGAACCUUCCACGGUGUGACGGGUCUGGUCCACCUGGACGAGAACGGAGACCGAGAGACGGACUUUGCUCUGUGGGACAUGACGGACACCAACAGCAGCUCCUUCCAGAUCGUUCUGGUGUACAACAGCUCCGAGGCCCAGCUGACCGCCAUACCGGGGACCUCGGUCCAGUGGCCGGGGGGCGUCUGUCCUCCUGACGUCCCCGUCUGCGGCUUCAAGAACGACAACCCCAUCUGCCUCGCUAAGACGGUCACCAUCCACCAGAUGGUCAUCAUCGUGGUCUUCUUCAUGUUCACCAUGACUCUCACCAUCACCAUCUUCAUCUACAGGAGGAUGAAGCUGGAGAAGGAGCUGGUGGCUCAGCUCUGGAGGAUCUCCUGGGACGACAUCCAGAUGGGCAACAUGGACAAAGUGCUGCGCAGCGGCAGCAGGAUCACACUGUCCCUGAGAGGCUCUAACUACGGCUCGCUGAUGACUGGAGACGGAAACCUGCAGGUGUUUGCAAAGACUGGAUACUACAAGGGAAACAUCAUGGCCAUCAAAUACACCAACAAGAAACGCAUCGAGCUCAACAGGAAGGUUCUGUUUGAGCUCAAACAUAUGCGAGACGUUCAGAACGAACACCUGACCAGGUUCAUCGGAGCGUGCAUCGACCCUCCAAACACCUGCAUCAUCACAGAGUACUGUCCUAGAGGCAGCCUGCAGGACAUCUUGGAGAACGACAGCAUCACUCUCGACUGGAUGUUUAAAUAUUCUCUCAUCAACGACAUCGUCAAGGGCAUGGUGUUCCUCCACAACAGCGUCAUCUUCUCUCACGGGAAACUCAAGUCGUCUAACUGCGUGGUGGACAACCGCUUCGUCCUGAAGAUCACCGACUACGGUUUGUCCAGCUUCCGAUCGGAGAGCGACUCGGGGAAAGACGCUCACGCCUACUACGCCCAGAGGCUGUGGAUGGCUCCAGAGAUGCUGAGGAUGGAGUCUCCUCCUCCUCAGGGAACACAGAAAGGAGACGUCUACAGCUUCGGCAUCAUCCUCCAGGAGGUGGCGCUGCGCCGAGGAGCCUUCUACCUGGAGGGAGAGCCGCUCAGCCCCAAAGAGAUCGUGGACCGGGUGAUCCUGGGCGAGUGGCCCUGCCUCAGGCCCACCGUGGACCCCCAGAGCCACAGUCCCGAGCUGGGCCAGCUGAUGCAGCGCUGCUGGGCCGAAGAGCCGACGGAGAGACCCGAGUUCAACCACAUCCGGCUGCUGCUGCGGAAACAGAACAAGGAGUCGAGGACCAACAUCCUGGACAACCUGCUGUCCCGCAUGGAGCAGUACGCCAACAACCUGGAGGAGCUGGUGGAGGAGAGAACCCAGGCUUACCACGAGGAGAAACGCAAAGCUGAAGCCCUGCUCUACCAGAUACUACCACACUCUGUGGCGGAGCAGCUGAAGCGCGGUGAGACGGUUCAGGCGGAGGCCUUCGACUCCGUCACCAUCUACUUCAGCGACAUCGUUGGUUUCACGGCGAUCUCUGCAGAGAGCACGCCCAUGCAGGUGGUGACUCUGCUCAACGACCUCUACACCUGCUUCGACGCCAUCAUCGACAACUUCGAUGUUUACAAGGUGGAGACCAUCGGCGACGCCUACAUGGUGGUGUCGGGGCUGCCGGUGCGGAACGGGAAGCUGCACGGCAGAGAGAUCGCCCGCAUGGCGCUCGCCCUGCUGGACGCCGUCCGGACCUUCAGGAUCCGCCACCGGUCGGAGCAGCAGCUCAAACUGAGGAUUGGCAUCCACAGCGGUCCUGUGUGUGCAGGCGUGGUGGGUCUGAAGAUGCCUCGUUACUGUCUGUUCGGAGACACUGUUAACACGUCGUCACGCAUGGAGUCCAGUGGAGAAGCUCUGAAGAUUCACGUGUCAGCGACGACUCGUGACGUUCUGCUGGAGUUCAACUGCUUCCAGCUGGAGCUGAGAGGAGAGAUCGACGUGAAGGGGAAAGGAAAGAUGACGACGUACUGGCUGCUGGGAGAGAGCAGCCAAUGACCAGGGACAGACGGGACAGACGGGACAGACGGGACAGAGAG